AUGGCGGCAGAGAUGGAUCCGAUGCUGCAGGGCACUUACCUGCAUGAUGAUGCCAAGGACUUCAUACCGACUUCAGAGGCGCUAGAUCAAUUUGAUGCUCAGUUGGUACGAGGGGAGCCCGUGCACAGUGAACUUUCUUCGAAGAGGCAUCUGCCGCAGGCCUGUGGCGCCCCUUCUUUGCCUCAUCUUCGUAGGCCCCACGCAUCGCACCAGCAAUAUCCACUGCAGCAGCAGUUGUAUCAACAGAAUCGCAAUGGGAGAAAGAGUAGUGACGGUCCUUCUCGGGCACACGAAGGAUUGACUGUCGACGCGCAGGAGCGCCUGGAAGAUAUUGAGGCGGUUCGUCAAUUGGGCAACGACAUGGUUGGGGACGACGAUUAG